AUGAAAGUCGUCGUAGUUGGUUCCGGUAUUGGUGGCAUUUCCGCCGCCUAUCACCUAGUCAAAGAUGGUCAUGAAGUUGUGCUUCUUGAAAAGAACGUGACUAUUGGUGGACAUACGUAUGAGAUGGAGAUCGACGGUGAAAUGGUAGACAUUGGUUUCAUGAUGUUUGGCGACUCGAAUCCCAACAUUAAGGAAUGGUUUAAAGCACUAGGUAUUACUCAGUCCAACGGCACCACCAAAAAGCGCAUCCCAAUGAGUCUUACGGUCACAUCGGACGUGGAGGGUGACCUGCAGUUUUCGUCACGGGCACCAUUUCAUGGUAGUGUGCUCAACCUUUUUGACCUUCGUAUUUGGCGCGUACUUCGAGACAUUUACAAAUUCACGAUGGACCUCAUGAUGCUGCCCGUGAAGGAAUCCAUUACAACACGUGAGUGGGCUGCCAAGGGCCGUUACUCGAAUGAGUUUAUCCGCCAUUACUUUUUGGCUUUUGUGUCAAUCCUAUGGACGGUACCAAAGCACGACGUGCUUGACCUGCCAGUAUCACAAUUUCUGCGCUGCCUUAAAACGCACUCCAACUCACUCUAUAUACCGCUAUGGCAAGUGAUUCUCGGUGCGCUGGGACGUCGCAGUGACCGCCCCAAGCACUUGUGGUGGUACGUUGGCUCAAGUUAUAUUAAGCCCUUUCUUAAGUUGUUUACAGACGAGUACAAUGGUACUGUUCGCUGUAAUGCUCAUGUUGCCGAGGUUAUGAGAGGUGGCAAGGCUGUAAUUCUCGAAGGCGGUGAGCGCAUCGAGUGCGAUCACGUUGUGCUAGCUACUCACGCUGACGAGAGCGCCAAAUUGCUUCGUUGGAGCGAGCACGCAUACCACUCUCUCAUGCGUUUCCACUAUCACAAGAGCAUGAUGUAUGUUCACCGCGACCCGGUCAUGCUACCACUCUCAAACAAAGUGUGGAGCAGUUGGAACGUCCUCAUUACGAAGGAUGAUCAGUACAUCCUAACGUACUGGAUAAACCGCAUUCAGCGGCUAAACAGCAAAAAGGACAUCUUUGUGACCAUCACACCGCACGACUUCCAAGGCAAGCGUCCCGCUCCCGAACAGACAAUCUCUGUUUUUCGCUGGGACCACCCGCGUCUGCUUGCGGAUUGCAUUCCUCAGGACGAAAUCAUCCAGGAGGAGAGUAUCUCCCUCUCCGGUGCUUGGUUGGGUCGAGGGUUUCACGAAGAUGGUUUUGUUGCAGGUCGGCGUGUGGCGGCGAUGCUUCGCGAUCCGAAGCAUAAGAACACAGCGCUGUACGAGGACCCGGGCAACAUUCCGGUCCCAGCUGUGCCUCCUUUUGGUACCCCGCUGAGUUUCCACCUAUGUGGAGUGGCUGUCAUUGGUCUGGUGGGUUACGGGAUAAGCUUCUGGGGAAAAGAUAAAGCAUGA